CUAUCACACUCGCACCAUCACUCAACUCUACUAUUUUUCUUCACACACUUGAGCAACCUAUUCGGCGAAAUGGACCACGGCGGUAUGGACCAUGGCGGAAUGGAUCAUGGCGGCAUGGACGAUGGUCAAUGUUCCAUGAAUAUGCUCUUCAAUUGGCAAGUGAAAGGCCUUUGUAUCGUCUUCGAGUCAUGGAGAGUCACGGGACCCAUGUCGCUUCUCCUCUCCCUGGUCGCCAUCGCCCUCCUUACCGCUGGCUACGAGUGUGUUCGGGAAAUAAGCAGGAGAUAUGACGAGAAAUUCAAUGCCAGAAUGAAUGCACUUGGGACAAGCCCUCCAGCGGAAUCAAGCUCACUGCUUGCAGGAUCGGAGUCGAGAGAUGGAGCCGGCCGGCAAGGAACGAUAACCAGAGCCGGUCUGUAUGCCUUGCAAGUAUUCUACAGCUUCUUCAUCAUGUAAGACCCCAUUCCUCACUUCGGUUCCGACUAAUCAGCUCGAGGCUACUGUUUAUGACCUACAACGGAUUCGUCAUGUUGGCGGUGGCGGUCGGGGCAUUUAUCGGAUAUUUGGCUUUCAGCUAUAAGACUUCGCCCACCAAAACAGCAGCAUGUCAUUGAUCUCUAGAUCAUUCAACUUCCUCGUCUAGGUCAUCGCCAAAUCCGAAACUAAACCCUUGCCGCUCUUCAUCAGCUUCGUCUUGACCAGCAACGACCUCUUCCCAUUUGCGCUUGCGGCAAUCGUCGAGAGAAGCCGCCAGGUCAGGAUCGGUCUCCUUUAAGCGAUCCAUAAAGAGGGUAUAGGGAUCUGAUACUUUGUCACUGAAUCCGGAAACUUGGUCUGCCCGAUCUCUCAGAAAGCGGAUCGUUGAUUGGACAUGGGCUCUGGGGACGAAGUUUUGAGUGAUAGCAAUAGCUGGCUCAAGGUUGACUACCAAAUGCCACCAACCUGAGGGGACAUGGAGGACCUCGCCUUCCCGACAGAUGCCCUCGAAACAGGACCCAGUCCUCCGAGCUUCAGUAUGGUAUGACAGGAGCCACUCGGCAAUGCUCAGUGGCGAAGUGACCUCGCUUUGGUCUUGGGACAUGUAGACUCCUGGAGGCAGGAUAGAGCUUGGAAACAUAAUCCAAUAUUUCGAGCCUCUAAUAAUAGCGUUCCAGGCACUCGUGGCAUUCGGGUCUUUGUGAAACGUGCUUCCGCUU